AUGGACAAGAACCUCAACAACUUGCUCCGAUGGGGCAUCGAGAAUUCGGCGCCGGCAUCCACAAACGGCGCCAGCGGCGCAACGGCCGUAACUGCCCAUUCCGCCGACAGUAACGCCUCGUCGACAAACUCAGCAGCGCCACAGGCCCCGCGCAGCGACCUCAACCCCGAGCUCCUGCAAGCGCUUUUCGGCGGGCCGUCAGAAGCGGAGCUGAUGAAGGCGGCCAUGGAAGUGAUCACCGACCCGUCCGCAGACCUCGAGAACAAACUGGUCGCCUUCGACAACUUCGAGCAGCUGAUCGAAUCGCUCGACAACGCCAACAACAUGGAGCCGCUCGCGCUGUGGACGCCCCUGCUUAGCAUGCUCUCGCACGAGGAGCACGAGCUCCGGCGGUAUGCGGCGUGGUGCGUCGGGACGGCGGUGCAGAAUAACGUGCGCAGCCAGGAGCGGCUGCUCGCGAUGGGCGGGAUCCCGCCGCUGGUCGGGCUGGCCACGAGGAAGGAGGAGCACGAGGCCGUGCGGAAAAAGGCCAUCUAUGCGCUCAGCUCGGCCGUGAGGAAUUACCAGCCUGCUAUGGACGCUGCGGCGGAGGAGUUGAGAAAGGGCGGGCUUGAUCACGGGAAGGGGGAUAAGGUGGAUGCGACCGAUAUGGAUGCGAUAGACGAUAUCAUGGCGUGGUUGAAGCGGAUGGUCACGGAAUCGGCGUAA